UAUAUGGUGUAUCAAUUCUUCGCACACAUGUACCAUGACAGAGCGGCCUGCGUUUAUGCUUCCACGUCACACCAUGGAGGCAGUAUAACGGUGUAGACAAGGCGGUUCCCGUGUCCCUCUUCCUGGUGAUAUGCAUGGGGAUUGCUGCUGUUGUUUACAGGAACAAGAGAUUUCUCAGCAGCAAUGAAGUCGUUCUAACUAUGGAUGACAUCAUCUUUAUUGACACGUACACCGGCGAAAAGAAACUGAAUGAAGGGUCCACGAUGAGUGUCUGCGGGGUCAGGAGUCCCAUGAAAUCCAUUACAAGAAGUUACAUUCAGUCCACGCCAGAGACUACAAAUAUAGGACUACUGGAGGGCGAUUGGGUAUGGUUGAAGAGGAUACCAGAAGGACGGGAGAUAACAGCUGUCAAUCAAUCAACCAAGAAUCUGUUCAGUUCUUUCAGGGAGAUGAGACAUGAGAAUCUCAGCGUCUAUGUUGGACUCUUCCUGGACUCUGGGAUCUUUGCCAUGGUUACAGAGCACUGUCCACGCGGGAGUUUGGCCGACCUGUUAGCGGACAGCAGCAUGAGACUGGACUGGAUGUUCAAGUCCUCCCUUCUCACGGACCUCAUCAAGGGGAUGAAGUAUCUUCACAUGCACAGGCUGACCCAUGGGCGUCUCAAGUCGAGAAACUGUGUGGUGGACGAACGAUUCGUCCUCAAGGUCUCUGACUACGGCCUUCCCAUGGUGCUUCACUCUCAGAACCUUGAUCCAGCCAAGGGAACAGAAGAUCUGCUGUGGACUGCUCCAGAACUUCUCAGGCAGCCUGUACGCGGAGGAACCUAUGCUGCUGACGUCUUCAGCUUCUCCAUCAUCAUCCAGGAAGUGGUCUCACGAACACUGCCCUACGCCAUGCUGGACAUGCCCGACCAUGAGAUAGUGGAGCGGCUGAGAGACCCCCCUCCUCUCUGCAGGCCGCUGUUCUGUAUGGACGAAGCCCCCGCAGAGUGUCUGUCUCUCAUGACCCAGUGCUGGGAUGAAGAUCCCGGCAAAAGGCCCACCUUCCACUGCAUAUUGAGACAGUUUCGUGGCAUUCAUCAGGGCAAGAAGCCCCACAUCAUAGACUCCAUGUUGCGCAUGCUGGAGCAGUACAGCUCCAACCUAGAGGACUUGAUCAAAGAGAGGACGGAUGAACUGGAGAUAGAGAGAAAAAAGACUGACAAGCUCAUCAGCCAGCUCUUGCCUGAAUCCGUAGCCCGGUCACUGAAGUUAGGAAAUCCGGUUGAACCAGAACAUUAUGCAGACUCAACUCUCUACUUCAGUGACAUUGUUGGCUUCACCACAAUAUCCGCCCUGAGCGAACCUAUCGAGGUGGUUGACCUACUAAAUGACCUUUAUACACUGUUUGAUGCCAUCAUUGCUUCUCAUGAUGUUUACAAGGUGGAGACCAUAGGAGAUGCCUAUAUGGUGGCAUCAGGCGUCCCCAACAGAAACGGGACUCGCCACGCUGCGGAAGUCUCCAACAUGUCCCUGGACAUCCUGCACUGCAUCGGAGCCUUUAAGAUCAAACACAUGCCAGAGAUCAAAGUGAAGAUACGCAUCGGAUUGCACUCUGGUCCGGUGGUGGCAGGGGUGGUGGGUCACACCAUGCCCCGGUACUGCCUGUUUGGGGACACGGUCACCCAAGCGUCUCACCUGGAAGCCACUGGACUCCCCUACCGAAUCCACAUCAGUCUCUGUACGAUGAAGAUUCUGGCCAGUCUCAAAAUGGGAUACAAGAUGGAAACACGGCCAGCAAAGGUAAAGGGCGCCGAGGAUACCUUCUGGCUGGGUGGCAGAGACGGGUUCACCAAACCCUUACCUGUACCUCCUGACCUGACCGGAGGGGCCAGUAACCAUGGCAUCAGCCUGGACGAGAUUCCACCAGACAGGAGACAACGCUUCCUGGACAGACAGAAUAAAAACAAGAUGAAAAAAUAAACAGGGGUAGAUAGUCCUUUGGCGGCCAUCAGAUCCUCUUCACAUAGCAGUCUUAUGUUAUGAAGCCUUAGUGCCCAGACACUAACCACUUACCACCCCUCGAUGUGCAGUAUGAGCCCUGAUCAACCAUCCCUACCUCAAUGACAGGUAGGAACCCUGACCUUAACCACCCCUCUCUGAAUUACCAGUAUGAACCUGGACUAACCAACCCUAUCUCAAUGACCAGUAUGAACCCUGACCCUCUUACUGGCUUACGUCAAUGAGCGGUAUGGACUCUGACCCUCUUACUGACCCUGACCGGUAUGAUGACAGGUAUGAACCCUGUAACCAGGUCAUUUCUUUACGUGCUGGAAUUUUCAUAACUUGCAACAAACUUUUCUAUGAAGAUGUAUAAUCUGCAUUCAAGACGAAAUGCUUUGCAGAAAUACAGAUUGUAUAAAGUGAAACCGGACCUUAUUGGAUCCUAUGCUGUUUGUUAUACCUUGUUUGGGAAAAUAAAUCCUUUCAAGAAGUAUACCAAUGAAGUUUGCAGCUUGGAUUCACAUCAUAUAUCAUCAACUAAUAAGCCUCCUUUCUUCAUUCAUAUCUAUGAGGCUAAACCGGUUCCAACUGAUAGUCUGCCUAAGCAGAGGUUUAUGGGUAACCUGGAACCUGAAACCGUCUAUUUUGAGUUACAUUAAUAAAAAGUGUUUAUAAAAAAGACUAAAUAAAUAUUUGUAAAAGUGUUAAUUUUGA